UGAUACGCAGUAAGGAAGAAGUGCCCGAGCGACGUCAGUAUUUGCCGGCACCCCAUUUCGCUCUGUUGACAGUAUUAAUUCGAGCACGUGGCAAUCGUGUUUCCACCACCGGGCCCGUCGACCAUUUCCAGCAUCGCCUGCGACCAUAACAGCCGGCAGUACGAGAAAAGCGCGCCACGCGGAACCAUCCAACCGCUAAGGUGAGCGAACGAGUAUGACGCAUAGUGCGCUCUGUGAUAACUUCGAGUGAAAUUGUGUGAAAUGGAAAAUGAUUGUCCAGGAUCCACUGUGCUUCCAUGAGAGAAUGUUUAGAAUUAUUUGUUGAACUCCAUACCAAUGGGAAUAGUGGAUUCGUAGAGUGACUUGGGAAAGGGUUGAAGAUUCCAGCGCAAUGUGAUUUAACGUGAUAUCGAUAUGAAGUGCUUUUAAUGGAGGCAAUAAAUUUUAUUGGUUGAGAGUGUUAUUAAGCAUAAACUGCACCUGUUGUAACAAGACUUGGGAAUGCAGAUAAUGAAGCUGCAAGUGGUUCAUGAUUUCAAUUGGACACGAUGACUGAUACCGAAAAAAGAAGCGAGUUUGCACCAUUUUGCAUUUCACUUUCUGGAAACGUGCCACGACAGAAGACUACAUAAAUACGAUAAAAACAAAAAUUGGAAAAAAAGAGAAAGAAUAAGAAAUGGACGGUUCCGUAAUAAACGGAACGGUUUUCGGUGUCGCGUUGGGAGGUGACAGUAUGAAGCACUUUCCACGGCCAGUGACUAUCACAGCAGCUGUUUGCGCAAUCGUUUUCAGCAUCGUCGGAGUGGCGGGAAAUUUAGUAACCGUAAUCGCACUCCUAAAAUACACAAGAUUGAGGCGACAUGCCACGACCGCAUUCGUGAUAAGUCUCAGCAUUUCCGACUUGAUUUUUUCUGCGGUGAAUUUACCACUAACUGCGAGCAGAUAUUUAAACGAGGCGUGGGUGCUAGGCGAAACUCUAUGCAAAAUAUUCCCGCUAUUCUUUUAUGGAAACGUCGCAGUGUCCUUGCUCAGCAUGGUGGCGAUUACCCUAAAUCGGUACAUCCUGAUCUCGAGAUCAGACAUAUACGCCCAGCUAUACACCACGCGGCGGAUCAUUCUGAUGCUGAUCGUCAUUUGGACGAUGAGCUUCUGCUUAUUAUUGCCGCCAUUGAUUGGCGUUUGGGGCACUCUGGGCCUGGAACCAAACACCUUCUCCUGCACCAUUCUGAAGAAGAACGGCUCCAGUCCGAAGAAGUUCCUUUUCGUUCUUGGAUUCAUCGUGCCCUGCGUGGUCAUCAGCGUCUCCUACCUGUGCAUUUACUGGCGCGUCAGGAAGAGCAGGAAGAACCUGGAGGCCCACGCUGGCGCCUCGAGGAAGACAGCCAGCGGUUUUCGACGCAGAGAGGACUCCAGAGUCACCAGGUUGAUGCUGACCAUAUUCCUCUGUUUCCUCCUGUGCUUCAUGCCCUUGAUGCUGGUCAACGUGGCCGACGACAAGAUGAAGAUCCCGAUUCUGCACGUGAUAGCCUCGAUUCUAGCGUGGGCCUCGUCAGUGAUCAAUCCCUUCAUCUACGCUGGCACUAAUAAACUGUACAGGGAGGCCUACAAGCAGAUUUUGUGCCCAGUUUCCAGCAAAACGCCGACCACUGGACCAAAACCAACGCACUCGCAUUCCAGUAAAGUCUCGUCGCCGCAGAUGACUUGAGAAAUGAUUGUACGAUAGUUUGUGGGUGAUGUUACUCGCAUUGGAAGUGCUCGAGUUGUUAUCUGAAUUGAAGUGAUAGUUAAUGGGUCUCUAUUGCUAUGGUGUAAAAUACUAAGUGCAGUAACUUAGUUUUGGAAUGUAUGGACUGGUUCAUUAGGAAGAAAGCGACUUAGUAUCUUCGAUAUUUUUAAUGCUGGAAAAUGUUCUUGUAUGUAUGUAUGUAUGUAUGUAUUUUUAUUUGUUCUGCAUGGGAUUUCAACUCCAACUUCCUCCUCCUGCUUUUACACUUCCCCUGCAUUUCCCAUUCUGAAUUAAUCCUUUUAGUUGCUUAGUGUAAAGCCCUGUUAACCCAUACAUGGGUCCUCUUUUUAGUAGAUCACCCUAUGUACUAUAAAUAUCAUCUUUGUCGAAGAUGUGACUGAAAUUCCAUGUAGCUUCGAUUACUGAAGUCUGUUAAAUUGUUAAGUAAAUAUGCCUAAUAUUUUAAUCAUAGCAACGACAGGAAGAUUUUUAAGAAAAUUCUAUAUCAAUACCGAUAUGUAGUAAGAUUAAGCAUUCGAUCUAUAGGACUGGUUAUUAUCAAAUGAUUCGAUGUUAGAAUUAGACUAUUACUCUCCCUUCAAAGUACGUGGCGAUUUGAUCAACAUUUACUUCAAUAAAUGAUAAACACAAAUGCCGAUAGAUAAGUGUACAAAGAAUAAAAUCUUUCAGUUAAGAUUGAUGUAAAUAUAUUAUAGAAAAUAAAUUAUGAUUAAUAAAUGACGACAUUUAUGAUAUAAUGUGGUUUUAACAUCUACACCUUCUAACAAUAUCGGGAAAAAAUGAGGCCUAAAUUAGAUACGUACCAGAGUUUCGUCGUGCCACCCCUUCGAAUAUCAUGUUCUCCUGAUACCAAAAUG